AUGACUUCGCCAAAAAUUCAAAAGGAUAUUGUGAGUGCUUGUGCACAAGAGAUCGUGAAAGCUAUAAUUGAUGACUUGGACGGAGAUUAUUUUGGGAUAUUAGUUGAUGAGUCCAAGGAUAUCUCACAUCAUGAACAAAUGGCCCUUGCUUUUCGGUAUGUUGACAAAAAAGGCCAAGUGAACGAGCCAUUUAUUAGUCUUGUUCGUGUUAGUGAUACAUCUGCAAAGUCGUUGAAAGAAGCAGUACUUUCUUUGCUAAUGAAACACUCAUUAAAUCCAUCCAAAAUACGUGGACAAGGCUAUGAUGGGAAUAGUAAUAUGCAGGGAAAGAUGAAUGGUCUUAAAGCAUUAAUUUUGCAAGAAACUCCAUCGGCAUUUUCCGUUCAUUGUUUUGCAUAUAGAUUACAGUUGACGCUUGUAGGUAUUGCUAAAAAACACAAGGAGGUAGAGACUUUCUUUGCUAUUGUUACUAAUGUGUUGAAUGUAAUUGGAGUUUCUUUUAAGCGUAGAGAUCAACUUCGGGGUCAUCAAGCAGAACUGUUGCAGCAAUUGUUAGAGAGUGGUGAAGUUCAAAGUGGGAAAAGAUUAAGUCAAGAGCGAGGGCUUCAAAGGCUAGCGUUGAUAAUGUCAAACGAGUUGAGCAAAGCUUUACAGAAGAAAGAUCAAGAUAUUGUCAAUGCCAUGGUAUUUCUUGAUAUCACAAAGGAAAGGUUGCAAGAAAUGAGAGAUAAAGGAUGGGAACCAUUGAUGGAUGAAUCGAAGCGUAGGCCUUCUAGUGUUACUUAUUCACAUCACUUACGUGUUGAGCUUUUUUAUGCCGUGAUUGAUUUGCAAUUUCUGGAGCUUAAUAGUCAUUUUGAUGUUGUGAGUAGUAACCUGCUUCUUGGUAUGGCUAGCUUGAAUCUGGCUAACUCAUUUGCUAAUUUUGAUAAGGAAAGAAUAAUAACAUUGGACAAGCAUUAUCCCGAUGAGUUUGGUGAAUUGAAACUUCGAGAUCUUAGUCGCCAACUUGACACUUUCUUAUGGCACAUGCAACAUGGUGACCCUAGGUUCUCUAGUUUGAAAGGAAUUGGUGAUUUGGCAAAAGUAUUGGUUGAGGAAAAUCUUGUGGAGACUUAUUCACUUAUUUAUUUGCUUGUGAAGUUGACUUUAACUUUACCUGUCGCAACUGCAACGGUGGAAAGAGCAUUCUCAUCCAUGAAGUACAUCAAAUGUGAAUUGAGUAGUAGUAUUAGUGAUGCAUUUUUAAAUGAUUGUUUAGUUUGUUACUUUGAGAAGGAAGUAUUUGUAAAUAUAAGCAAUGAUGCUAUUAUUGACCGUUUUCAAAACAUGAAUGCGCGUCGAGUUCAACUAUGA